AACAACCCCACAUCUUCAAGACAUGGCGAGGAGAAGUGGGCUUUAAAAGGAAAUUCUGGUUAAUUCAUGUUGGUCACCAGCGUUUUCACCUAACCAGUUGAUAUUUUCCUGAACAAGUGUCUGAAAAAAACAAAAAGAAGAAAAGUGAGGGGGGCACAUGACACACCGGUGGAUUCCCGGAGCCAGGUCCAGCACCGAGACUGAAUGAGUCCAUCUUCGGCUGUUGGACGGACUCCUCCAUCGGACAGGACUGAUGCAAACGGACUAAACACACCUCGGCAGCUCAAAUCAGCAUCAGCCUCUCGGCCACCGGCGCACUAGCGGAACGGGAGGGGACUCUGACACCGGGGGACCAGCUUCUUUGGCAGGGAAAAGAUGCCAUUCCACCAUGUGCGGGCAGGCCUGCUCUAUCCGGACAACUACCUGAGCAGCUCCCUGACCGAGGGCAGCGAAGCCUUCCAGCUCACCAGCCUCUCCACUGAGGAGCUGGGAGAGAUCCGUGAGGCAUUCCGGGUUUUGGACCGAGAUGGGAAUGGCUUCAUCUCCAAGCAGGAGCUGGGCAUGGCCAUGCGCUCCCUGGGUUACAUGCCUAGCGAAGUGGAGCUGGCCAUCAUUAUGCAGAGACUGGACAUGGAUGGGGACGGCCAGGUGGACUUCGAGGAGUUCAUGACGAUACUGGGGCCUAAGCUGCUGUCGUCCGACAACAGAGAAGGAUUCCUGGGCAACACCAUUGACAACAUCUUCUGGCAGUUUGACAUGCAGCAGCUGUCUCUGGAUGAGCUCAAGCAGGUUCUGUUUCACGCCUUCCGGGACCACUUGACGAUGAAGGACAUAGAGAACAUCAUCAUCACGGAGGAGGAGAGCCUCAACGAAACCUCAGGGAACUGCCCUGAGUACGAAGGAGUUCAUCCUAAGAAGAAGAAUCGGCAGACAUGUGUCAGGAAGAGCCUGAUCUGCGCCUUCGCCAUGGCUUUCAUCAUCAGUGUCAUGCUUAUCGCAGCCAAUCAGAUGCUGCGGAACGGCAUGGAGUGAAACCAGUUGCACUGUGAGCAUGAGGAGUGGGACAGAAACAGCCAUGACCUCACAUUUUCUCUUUGCAGCCAAAGCUGGACCAGCCACAACCCAAGCACUUCUCAAAACAAUCAGUUGACCUUUGUUUUCCUAGUUUUUGUGUGAAUUAUUCUUAGAAAACGGACAGAGUGGAUUAAACGUGGAGGUUUUCUUGUUUUGCAAUGAAGAUGUCACCAGGUGAAGUCACUUGAAUUUUAAAUGCAAAACAGUUAUGGUUUUCUAUAAAUUGUGACACUAAACUAGAAUUACUUUGCUGUUUUCAAGGUGAAAACGACCCUUUAAACUUAAUUUUACAAUUAACAGAAAUGCUUAUCAGGUGCUUUGAGCCAUUCUUGAUUUUCAAAACAGUAAAUGCUUCAAAAAGCUGCAUAUUUACUCUUGAAAAUGUGCAGGGAAUGUGAACGGAGUGAAUGUGAGCACUCUAUCCUGGCCACAGCAUUGAAAUUCAUACCAGUUUCCUCGCAUCUCAUGUAGCCGUGCAUCAACGUCACGUUUAGCGUGAAGCAUUUGCAUCCUCAGCUCAGUCUGCUGUUUGUGCUACUGUGUCAAAUCUUUAUGUGUAUGUAGAGGAAGCACAACUCAACUCUCAGAAAGGGACCACUGGAUUCCCAUCACGUUUUAGUCCGAUGUUUUUGUGGUGUGGAAAAGACAAUGUAUAUAGAUAAUUUGCAAAAACCUCAUGAGCGUUGUAAAAAUAGACCAAACUGAAUUCAGUUAUUAUCAGGUAUGCGUUUGUGGGGGAAAGGCCUCAUAUUUGCAUUUCAUUGUUAUACAGCUCAUCUGUAGAAACCCCCUGACACCAUGCCAGUAUAUAUAUUGCCAUUAACUAAAGAUUUCCCCAUAGAUUUUUGCCACCUAUCUUAUGUAAUCUUUUACUCCUCUCAAUAGUAGAAAGUACACUGCAAAAACACAAAAUGAGCUCUUGGAGUCAAUAAUUUCUCAAUAUAACAUGGAGGAAAUGUCUUGUUAUAAAUGAAAUAAUCUUCCAGUGGAACUAGAACUUUUUCAUCAAUAUUGAGGAAUAAUUUACUUAAAACAAGCUCAUAUUUCAAUUAUUUUUGCAGUGUACAAAAAUAAGAAAAACUACUAAGCUUUAAUAUUUUCCAACUGGCCACUUCAUUAGAUUCCUCUGUUAACACAAACGACAAUAACAUGGCAGCAAGUCGCUGCAUUUUGGUGACUUUGAACCUGGCAGGAUUGUUGGUUUGAAUAUUUCAGACACUGCGAAUCUACAUGCACACCCAUCUCUCAGUUCCACAGAAAAUGGCCCAAAUAAGAGAAAAUACCCCUGGAGAAACAGCUCUGUGGAGACAAUCUCUUGUUGACGUCAGAGGAGGAUGAUCAGACUGGAUGGAGAUGAUAUAAGACAAAUGCAGUUCAAAUAACCACUUGUUAAAACCAAGGUCGGACAGUAAAACAUGUUUUCAGCUGCAAUAUUCAGCUUUUAGAAACAGAAUUUGGUGUAUAAAACGUGAAAGCACAGCACAGGUUGCUGGUGAUGAUGUAGAGAAAUACUUUCAAUUUCGGCCCCUGGGUACUAAUCUGAUAAUCUCCCUUCCUUUACAGCCUCAGUGGACCUAUUUCCUGAAGGAUACCUCCUGCAGAAUAAUGGUCUGUGUGAGGAAGCUAAAAAUCUUCUUAAAUUGAGAAUUAGUUUAUUGUAGUCCUCCAGGGGUCAAUUCAACAGAGCACCUUCAUAUCAUGGAUUUACAGCUAACAAAUCUAAAUCAACCAUGUGAAGAAGGACCAGAGGACGUUUCUGACCCAAUAGUCAAUGCUACGGAGAAUCAAAGUGGUGGUAUACCUAACAAGGUGUACCUAAUAAAGUGGAAGGUGAGUCUGGAUAAACAGGAGACGUGUAGUUAGGUUCUUGGAAAAGGUUUCCCUCUAGUGGUCAAGACGGGAACUGAAGCUUAAUCUGAGCCUUCAGAUUUGUUGUUGGGAGAUUAUUUUGUUGUAUAUCUGUAAAAAAAAUAAUAUAUCUUCAACCCUUUUUUCUUUUUUUUGCUCAGGACUAAAUGUAAAACUAAUAUUUUCCAAACAUAUUUUUUCUUAAAAAAAACUCGUUUUACAAGAAGAUUUACUUUGAGACUCUAAAACCACACAAGAUCACCUCACACCCAUAAAAAUGUAAUUUAAAGAUGAAAAUUACCAAAUGAUUCUGAAAUGUCUGCUCCAGAUUAUAAAUUAUGUAUUUACAAACAGAUAUAAAGAAAAUGUGGGACGUAGUAACAAAAACUUGGUUAAUAGACAUGGGCUGGCCUUCAUUUUUACAGUAGCAGGGUAUUGACACAAAAGUUUGAAAUCAAAUUAUCUUACAGAAUCUAAUAUAUUUUAGAAUCUAGUUUUCUUAUUUAACAGAAAAGUCACUGUUUUUCCUGUACAGCAUCCUAAAUGAGAUUGAAGGAUGGCGUUACUUUUAGCUUUAACGUCAUCACUCUGGGAAAUUUCAACCAGAGAUGUGAUAGCUUCAUUUCAGCCAGAUGACGGCAGUGUGCAGCAUCAUACAGCCAGAGAAGAUUCUGAUCAACAUGGGACUUUCUCUGGCAGCCCAUUAACGUGACUUUAAUCUGGAAGAACAAAAUUUAAGCACAUUUUUUAAAAUUAUGGUACCCUGGUACAGCUAACCAGCCCAUGUCUAAUCAAUAAAUUAGUUUUUAUAAGAUAAUUAUGUGAAUAUAAAGUAUCCUGUAUCAUAAAUGUCACUUCAGCUAACCUGUCCAGCCCUGUGUAGAUCAUUACUCCUGACUUUGACUUCAUUAUAUUCAUGUGCAAUUGAAACCAGAUAUUGAAAUACGCUUUACAAAAAGACACAUGACUACUUUUAUCAAAAUCUGACAAAACGUCGGGCAAAAAUUCUCCUGUAUUUUAAAUAACAUGCAUGAUGUUGGUCAUUAUGGUCAAACAUUUCAGUUUAUAUUCAUUAGAAGACAGGAAAUGUCUAUAAAAUCUAAGGUCUUGGUUCUUGUGUGUACAAACUACAAUCUGGCAUUUUAUGCUGCUUUUAGAGUAAAUGACUUCUUCCUCUCUGAGUGGCUUUCCUGCCCACGUCGGUACAGGACUCAUUUUCUGACUUCAGCCAGGAUUUUCACAUUUUUGUUUCUGAUCUGUGGUUGAUAAGCACAUUUUACACCAAACCUCUGGCACACAGAAAACAUCUCUUUCCUGAACAAAACACUGAUGGACAUUUCUUUUCUGUUCAUACUGGGAAAUUAUUGGUUAGAAAAAGAUGAACCUUGUAUUUUCAGACAUCUGGUCAUUGCACACUGCAAAAAAAACACCAUUGCUAAUUUACAGUAAAAUACCGGCAGCUGUGGUGGCCAGUGUUUUACCAUAUAAAUAUUGAUUUUAUCAUAUGUUACCAUAAUUAUAUGGGGUUUAAAACCUGUAUAAAUACGGACUUAUACGUAUAAAUACAGAUUGCCUCCAAAAACACAUUGCCUCCUUUUCUGAUAUCAUGGAAAAAUCUAAAGAAAUCAGAAAAAGUGCACUGUAAAAAAAUUGUCUCUCAUAUACAGCAGCUGUGGUUGGAAGAAUAUUUUAUAAAUACAGUAAGGGCUGUAUUUAUACAGUAACAUCAAUUUUUCUAUGGUAAAAUAAACUCGUAUUUAUAAAUACAAUAAAAUUCUGGCAACCACAGAUGCCAGUAUUUUAAGUUUUUUACAGUGCAUUUUUUCUGAUUUCUUUAGAUUUUCCAUGAUGUCAAACAAGAAGGCAAUGUGUGAAAUAAUCAAAGGCUUAUGAAAGCAUGAUAUGAUAUGAUAUGAUAUGAUAUGAUAUGAUAUGAUAUGAUAUGAUAUGAUAUGAUAUGAUGACUUCCAAUAGUGUUAAAAUAUAGCAUUCCAGUGGUCAUUUGUCGUGUUUUUGAGUUGGAAAAUGUUAAAAGUUGAGAGGAAAUUUGAAAACAUCACUUGAUAAUAAUGUGUUAUUGGAAAAUAAAUAUCUGAACACCAACUAUAAAGUCUAAAAAUGCAAACAUUAAAAAAGCUAAAAUAAAUAAGCAAUGCUAAGAGUAAAGCCUGGUGGCCUGCCAGGCUUAUAAUACACUGGGGGAAACCCUGGCGUUAUAGGGAACGUUUUGUUUCACUUCACAAUGAACAAACUGUAUCUUUUUAUACAGUGUAUAUAAAUAUCUGGUUUCUACUCUGUGUAGAUUGGAUUCCCUAACUGCAUGGUGCUCCCUUUGGGUCAAACAUUGGACCGGAGACUAAUUGUUCCCUUUGGACAAAUCUCUUGCAAUAUUCUGCUGGGGGUUUCUUGGACUGUUGCCCAUGUGGAUUAAACCUGAGGCAGAACUUUCAGUCAAGCUGGAGUGCAUCCAUGUGGGUUUACAGGACGACGUUGUGAAAAUGUAAAAUCAGCGAGAGAACUUUUUCUUUCAAAACAAGGUCAAGUAUCACAGCUAAACUGUAUAAUACUGUAAAUCAGUGAGCAUGUUGUCGUUAAAAAAAGGGAUUCAGUUCCUCUUUCCUGUUGGUUUAAAUGUAAUUAUGUAUGUAUUACUGUCACAUAUUUGACUUUCCUAUUUAUACUGUAAUAGCCAUUUUUAUAGUUUCUACUAGCUAUUAAUCAAAUCAGAGAGCAGAAGAGGGCAUUUUCAUAAAUAUGCAAAUACAAAGUCACACCAUCAUCAUCCUCAGCAUCAUCUACGUGUCGCAUCAUCUGUAGAAGAGUCUCACUGUGGAUGGUUCUACACACUGAUCCAAUAUGUCAUGUAUUUUAAUCACUUGCCAGUCUAAAAUAAUGUCCUCACUGUCCUCUACAAACUUCUGCGUAAAGUAUUACUCACCUGCAGUUUAUCUAAAUAGAAAUGUUUCAUUUUGAGAUCAUUGCAUGACUGUUUAAGGGAAACCCGUUUAAGGUUCACAUUAUUGUACCCGUGCUUCUGUAACAGGACAAGAACCAGUUUAUGGUUUUCAUGUUUUUGAAGUUUGUUUUUACCAAAACAUGUUUUUACCAGUUGUAUAUUGUACAGAGAUAAAACUAAACACAGAUAGCUAAUACAACCUCGGCAUGCUGCUUAGAAAAGGAGAACGAAAACAGCAAUAGUUACCAACUGAAUGGAUAUUUAAAAUGCAAAGUUUAAUCUGAGUAUUCUAAAAAAAGUAUAUCUAUAUAUGUUUAUGCAAUAAAACCUUGUUUUGAU